AUGGAUGACCCGCUCAGUUCAAAUGGCAACACGUCGGUCUUGGGACUGAGUCAACUGCAGCAGCGAUUACGCCUACGUGAAGGCGAGAACCGGAUGCUGAAGCAGCAAUUGGAAGCGUUGGAGGCUCGACAGAAACAAACGACAGACGAGAUCGUUCGAUUGAGUACGCGUAACGCGUUACUGGAGAGUGGCGAGGCACAGAGAGAGCAGACGCAGUUAGAGCUGGCGAAAUUGCAGAAACACCAAGUGGUGCUACUUGAGCUGUUUGGCGAAAAGGAAGAGCAAGUGGAAGAGCUACAGGCUGAGGUCAGUGAACUCAAGGCCUUCUAUCGUAAACAGCUCGACACGCUGGCCUCUCAUAACGAAGAGCAGCAGAAGCAGCGAGAGGAACAACAACACUAA